UUUCAAGGUCAUAUCUAGAGCUAUAGAAAGCAACAAAUCUGACAAGAAGUGGAUGCCAGUGCUCAUCAUUAUAUCAACGAGUUAUAUUACUUUUUAGCUCUAUCCCAGUCAGUCACUGUUUUUCCUAAUCUUCACAUUUCUGUACUCGUUUUUUCUUUGCCGCACUAAUUGUUGUCGGUUUUGUUCUUUCUGCGUUUGAAUAGAUUUGUUUAUACAAGUUUUAGCAAUUUGUAUUGUCGUUAAAGUUUAUAAUUUUUUAUGUUCAUCGGUCAUAUUGUAAUUUGUUGUUGCCGAGUUUAAUUCUUUGAACUUGCCUAACUGUAUUUGUAUUUGUGUCAAAAUGUUUUCAUUUGUCGAAAUUUGGCUUGAAUUUUAUAGUUACAUAAACCUUUAUUGUGCGGUGGUUAAAAUGGGAGGCAAAGGAAAAAAGAAAAAGAAAAGUAAGAGAAAAGAAGAGAAUGGACAAAUUGUCGAUCUCCAAGAAAAAGUAACAAUAGAAAGCAGAGGAAAUCGUUCAUUACACGAACAAGAAGGAGGAGCAGAAGAUUGGGAUAUGGAAUUACGUUCAGAAGCCGAAGCUCAGAUGAAUGAUGAAUCACUGCAAAGUGCGUCUCAAGUUGUCAGCGGUGAUACUAGCACUUCCAUGACUGUCGAAAGUAACGUUGAUGAAACAAUUGACAACUCUGGCAUUAGUUCUCCAGUCAACUCAAAAUCCGAUCCUCCAAAUGAUACCUUUGAAAGCAACACAACUGAGCAUGAUGAGAAAAAAGAUGAUGGUAUAUCAAAUGCUGUCAAAGACAACUCCAGUGUGUUCAAAAACGUGUUGCCAGUGCUUCGUAAAAUACUGCACUCAGCCAUUCACGAAAAAGUCGGCACUAUUGUGUAUGAUAUGUGUAAUCAUAAGGAUCUCGUUCCUUCAGAUCCUGCUGUUAUUGAAGAAUGUAUUCGAUGGGUAAUACAAACAAUACCUUCUGUUGAAAAGCAGCAGCUUUUGUUCCUUUGUGCGUUAUUGGGUUAUUUGGUUAACAUCAAAGGAGUCAAUAUCUUGAAAGUACCGAACAACAACACAACAAAAUCUGCAUUUGAUAAACUACUUUAUAAUCUUGAAAAUUGCUUUAAAAAGCAAUUUCGAUUACCAGAAAACUUUUUGCAACUUCUUGCAAACUGUGCUUGUACAAUUGUUGAAGGAUGUAGCAAACCUGGAUGGUUAACUUUGGCUGCUUAUUUUAGAUGUUUUUUGGGCAUGGAUUACGUAUUACAGUUUAAAAUGGACGAUUACCAAUAUAGCAAACAAGAAUACUACAAACUACUUCCUUUAGCUGUCUGUCACUUACCAAAAGUAAACUUCCGCCAGCAAGUUGUCUAUCAUCGAUAUCUCAAACGUAUUCUACAGUUCGCCCCUGAUGAUGAAGUGUUGUUUCAAAUGUCACAAGAUAAACAACACGUGUUUCGAUUUUUUCUCAAUCCUCAUGAGCGCGAGCAGUUUUUUUUAAAUUUUCUCUGGGAAAAGCUCAAUAGUGGAAAAGGUAGCUUAUCAGAAAAACUUGCAGCCCUAAACCAACUGCCGCAAAAAAUGCGUAAAAAUUUACACAGCAUAAUUUACGGUUAUGUUCAAUAUUUUAUUGACGAAGCCACCGAUCCAUCGUCAGAAGACAUGAAUGCUGUUUUCAAUUUGAUAUCAAAUUUUAAUGUGGAAAGCUUUAGGACGAUUUUACAAAGUGUUUCGAAGUCCCAGUCAUAUCAUCGAGCUAACAUUUUCCCUCAACUGUUAAAUGAUCCUCGGUUCGAGAGCUGUUUUAGACAAUUAUCGGUCGAUGAACGAGCUUAUUUUUGCCGGUAUUGGGUUCGUAACCAGGCAGAUUCGAGCAAAGAAAGUGCCGAGAAGGUUAAAGCAACAUUUGAAGCCUUUGAUAUUCUUGUCUCAUGUCGUCACAUAUCGUCUGAUGGUAAAGUCGUCGAGCGCUUAUGCAAGGUUAUUGACAACGAAUUACGUCAAAAUGACCUCAUUGCGAUAUUAGAGGGAUCAAAAAAUUUCGAUCAUUUCUCCGAGUAUGCUCAAAAAUGUAUCAAAAAGUUAAUCCAAGAUACAAUAAAGCCAUAUUACUUACGAAAUUACAGUGAAACCCUGAAAUAUUUUACAAGUGCAACUACGAAAAUGUGUGAUAGUUCGUCAUCAUCUAUUGUGGAGCGUUUUUUUGGCUGGUUCGGGCAAUCUCGUCCACGGAUAUCAAAUUGUAAAUUGUGUUUGCUGAAAUGCGCGUUAAAUGUAUUGACUCCCCCGAAAGAUGGUGACAAUAAUGAAAAUGUUAUUGUUCAAAUUCUUCAAUUUUGUAAUAUUUGGGUUGAACUGGUUGCUGCAAAAGAGCAUUUUUAUCAAGAGAACGCGUUCAAAGCAUGGGAAAAGAUUUGGAAGGUUAUGGGAAAUCGCAUCAUGCGAGAAGACAUCACGAUCUCCACUUUGAAGAAAAUUGAACCGUAUCGAGAUCAAUUGUCUUUAAUUUUUUGUGGCCUUAACUCUGGGAAUGAAAAGGAGCAAAAUAGUUAUGCAUCGGCCAUCACAAAACUUGUCCAAACCGAGGCAGAUUUUCGUCAAAAGUGUGACCUUUUAGUGAAAGCAGAGAAAUUUUCCCAUGACGUUUUUCCUAGUUGUUCCUUAAAAGAAAGCAUUAAAAACUAUGAUGAAGAAUCGAGAAAGUUGAAUGAAAUCAACGAGAGUUUUUGGAAACCUUAUGCGCCGUUAUUACAACAGCUAAAACCUUUGGAAGAGCUACUGAAUUCAGAGUCUUUUUCUAGAAUUGCUAAAACUUAUCUGCAAGAAAAUCUUCAUGACUUUUACAGUUGUUUAGAUACAAUUGACAGGAAUUUUCAGGUUUCUUUUUUUCAAAAUCUUUCAAAGCAAGGCGUUCAUCGUUUUGAACUUGAGUGGCAGAAAUUAUUCGAUAAACCAGAUGAUCUGACAGUGGGUCAACUCAAUGCUUUACUUGGAGAUAUGAACCUUAACAAGUUGGAUGACGAAUUGGCUCUUUUGGAAAACCAUUUUCAGAGAAAGCUUCCAUCAAAUAUUAAAUCGUACCUUACAGAUUUUAUGGAAUUUCCUCACAUUUUAGAGCAAACAAGACAUAUCAAAGACUUCUUGCAAUCCUUUGGAAUUUGUGAUACAAGUAAAAGUGCAGAUAUUUUGAUGGUGAUAGAUUUUUGUGGAAAAUUUGAUUGUGAUGUGAAAGACGUGUUGAUAGAGAAAUUACAUGAAUCCAUCAAAACUAUUCAAGAAAUCAUUUCCAGAUAUGAUAUCGACCACACCGAUGUGGUAAUGAUUGAGUUGGUGAAAUCUACCGAACUUAUUCAAUUUAUUCAAGAAAUUGCUGAUGAAGACAUUCGUGUUCUUAUUGAUGCAGUUGAAGAACAUUCUGAUGAGGCUGUUUCUGCUUCUUUGGUAUCAGAUCUUAUUCAAGUACAUGGUUUCUUGGUACCCGUUAUUAAAAAAUUGUCGUACCCUCCAGAUCUUGUCUUAAAGACUCUUGUUGGCGAAUGUAAAAGACAAGCUAAUAUAGCCCAAAAGAUUCGCCAAUGCAGCAUGCAUGUUCACAGUCUACGAGGCUUGUAUCAAAAUGUUGCUAAUCGUGAGGAAAUGACGAGAGAAAUCAUAAGAAACUGUUUGAUCGAUGGUGAAUUUGAUAUCAUAUUAGAUGGUGACGGUAUUUGCCAUAUUACAAUGCGUUAUCAGAAAGAAAGUAAACAAACCAUCAAGUCAAUGCCCGAACUUCAUGAUUUACGAAGUCGUGCUCAUUUGAUCUUAAGCUCUGAACAAAAUCCUCGGGAAAUUAAUAGUAGCGAAUCCAAAGAAGCAAUUGAUUUUCAUGCAUUCAUCGAACGCAUCAAUCUACUCUCAGACAUUGAAGAAGCAAUCAUUAGACUUCAGUCAUCUGGUUACGUGAAAUAUCAAAAAGAUUGCGAGUGGAAAUCUUUGUCUGAAGUAAAGCGUUUGGAAGUGCUUAAAACUACCCUUUCCGAGGAUUUGCAUGAGUGGGAGGAGUGCUUAAAUAAUGCUCGGGAGCGUCAUUACUUUUUGAAUUAUUUUUGGUCACAUCAAUUAAGUGUGCUGUACGAUUUCUUUACUGGUAAAAUUAAUGAUCUUCACACUAUUCUUACUUUAAUGAAAUUUGUCGACCAAACAAUGGAUUUAAAACGAUUGCGUGACUUUGCAAACUUAAAUUGUCAUUAUGAAGCUGCACAAACACCAUACGAAAUCAUUGCAGCCAUUGGCGGUGCACUGGAUGAUCUGUUUUCACAUAUCUGCCCCCCAUUAUCAUUGAGAGAAAUCUCUAACCACGUAUCUCAGCUGGAACGCAAAGUUUCUGUCCAGAAGGGCGAACUUUACGUUGUUGCCUUAGAAGAAGAAAGUCCACAUACUGUAAACGUGUUGAUGUCUCUUUACGAAGACACAACCAAUGCUUUUCCAGAGCCACAUCAAGUUAUGUUUUGCAAUGAAACCACGCUCUUUGAACAGUUACAAAUUUUUCUGAAUAGAUGUUUCAACAACAACAAGAAUUUAGACUGUGAUAGUUUAUUCUGUCUAGCCAAUGUUGAACUCCUUUCCAAUGAGCUUCAGUUUUACUUGAUUGAUUACAUCAAAAAGAAAGAGUUCCAAGAUUGUGAUCAGAACUAUUUACUGGCAAUACUUUGUAGAGGUGGUGCUCGUCAUCAUAUAAUUGAAGAAUUCUCAAAGUUUUCUCAUCAUAUCUCAGGCAUGUCGUACCCUGAAAUUGCCAGUCGAUUCAAAUCCAAAUGGCCGCAUGUGAAGUGUGUAACAUCCACAUUACAAGGACUUGGAAAGACAGAAUAUAUUCGCAACGAUGCACUUGAAAUGAGUAUGAAUGUAGUUUCGUUUCCCAUAAGUGGAGAAGUCAUUGAAAGUAAGAUCAUAGAGCGAUUGAAAAAACUUCAUCUGAAAGAUUUCCAGUGUCUCCAUUUUGAUGUUGGUGAAGUUGAUGAUCCAAUUUUGUUGGACACGUUUAUUUUUCAGCUAAUUAUAACUGGAAUGGUGUCUUAUGGUACUCAGAUGUACAGUCUUCAUAAUCAUAAAGUUUAUAUCGAAUUAGCCAAUUCUUUGGAUAACUGGUUGGUGGAACGCUUGCAAAUUGCUGGAUGUUUUUGUCGUGUUGAAUUGACAUGGAAUGAUUUUAAUGACCUAGAAAUCACAAGUAAAAUCACCAGUAAUAUUCAGGUUGUUUGUCAGUAUUUGAAUAUACUGGAUAAAGGUAAAGUUGAUACGACAGAUAUUCAUUUUGCUGGUCGUGAAAAAGUUAAACCUUUAUCAGAGCAGAGAUGUCGUGAGUUGCUACGUCAGUACUAUGGAUCAUCACAUGACCCAACAUUUGCAGCUCUAAAUACAUUCUUGGGAUUUCUUGGCAAUCAGCUGCGAAAACUGUCAAAGAGUGCAUUUUUUGAAGUGGAAAAUUUAAAACUAAUGCUUGAGGAGAACGCUUCUGGUGUACGUAAAAAUCUCCUGCGAACUUUGCUCGAAGUGUCUCAAGAUUUUGCUUGUCGGUCUUUAACAACGCACCAUUCAACUCGUAUGCAACAGAAUUUGUCAUCGACUGUCCAGAGCAUGGUUCAUAGAGUGGAAGGAAUGAUUCAGUGGGAACAAAGUAAUCAUCUGUUAAUUGUUUUUCAAAGUAUCGACUCUCAAACAGUCGCAGCUUUUUAUCGCGAAAAAUCCAAGGUUCCUUCAAACAUUUGUGAACUACUUAAAAGUCAAACGGUGGGUGAAAAAAGUAAAGAGCUUGUCGAUUAUAAAGAGUUGAGUCACGUGGAGCUACAUAAAAUGCUGGAGAAAAUUGCCUGCACGAGAUCGUCACAGGGAAAUGUUGCAGCUGAUUUCUCAGGUUAUGCAUUGACGGCAGACAACAUGUUGAAGAUGAUUUUAAUAAUACUUCGUAUUAGAGCUAAGAUUCCGAUCAUUAUCAUGGGUGAAACUGGUUGUGGAAAGACUAGUCUUGUUCAAUAUUUGGCUUCAACUUGUGGUAUUCCAUUCUCAAUCUACAAUUUUCAUGCUGGUCGCACUGACGACGAAAUAAGGAAAUUUGUUGAAAAGGAAAGUGAUAAAGCCCAAAGCGCUACUAGUCAAAGAUGGAUAUUCUUGGAUGAAAUCAAUACAUGCCACCAUCUUGGGUUAAUCAAUGAAAUAAUGUGUCACCAUGCCUUACUCGGGCGUCCAAUUUCCAGAAAACUGGUUUUCAUUGCUGCUUGUAAUCCUUACAAAUUACGAUCGCUAGAAAGUUCAUCAACAGCUGGUCUUGAAGGAAAAAAAGUUGAUGAUGAAUAUUCCAAGUUAGUUUAUCGUGUUCAUCCUUUGCCAGAAUCCAUGGUUGAUUACGUUUGGGAUUAUGGGUCAUUGACGCCACAAGAUGAGAAAGUUUACAUUGGAAGAAUGGUGAAUGAAUUUCCUGAAGAAUACCAACACGUUUUAACGGAGCUUCUUGCUUUAUCUCAGAAUUUUAUACGGGACGUUGAGAAGAAUCCAUUCUGUGUAAGUUUACGUGAUGUUCGACGUUGCAUUCAUCUUGUGAAGUGGUUUAUUGAUACGUUAAAGAAACGAAAAAUGUUAAUGAAAAAAAUCUUAGAAAAUGGUGAGGAAAUUCCUAAAGUUCCAUCUCGUCUAAAGGAAGCUCAGAAAAUCUCAGAACGUUACGAUGAUCUUCCAGAAAUAAAAAGUUUUGUUCUAGCAUUGGGGCAUUGUUAUUUGUCAAGAUUGCAAACUGACCCUUUCCGAAGAGAAUACAUAAAACGCCUUACACCUUCCCUUGCAUCAAUUGACGUAGAUAAAAAAAGUUUUAUAGACAUAAUUCGUAUGGAGCAAGAGGAUUAUCUUUCACGUAUGGAGCUUCCAGAAGGAACAGCAAGAAAUGCCGCUCUUCGUGAAAACGUUUUUGUCAUGUUAGUAUCAAUUCUCAAUCGUAUUCCUGUGUUUGUUGUGGGAAAACCAGGUUGCAGUAAGUCAUUAGCAAUUCAGUUGAUUCGAAGUAAUCUUCGGGGAAAAGAUUCAAAAGAUGCAUUUUUUAAAACGCUACCUCAUCUGUAUGUUGUCUCUUACCAAGGAUCAGAGUCUUCUACAUCUGAAGGUAUUGAAGAAAUUUUUAAAAAGGCCUCAAAUUACAAAAAGCACAACAGCUCUAAUAAUGUAUUACCUGUUGUUUUAUUGGAUGAAGUUGGAUUGGCAGAAAAUUCACCGAACAAUCCUCUAAAAGUUUUGCACAGCAUUCUUGAACCAGGAAAAGGAGAGUUACCCGAGGUUGCAGUCGUCGGUAUUUCCAAUUGGGCCUUAGAUGCAGCGAAAAUGAACCGGGCAAUCCAUUUGUCUCGACCUGAACCUUCAAUAAAAGAUCUUAGUGAAACAGCUAUUUCUCUUUAUCAAGGUGACCAGAAAUCAAAAGAUGUUAUUAAUACAUCAACUGAAAAUGUUCUCCGUUUAAUUGCUGAAGCUUAUCAUGUGUACCGCUCAAAGCAAUUACAUUCUAAUUUUCACGGUCUUCGUGACUACUACUCUCUUGUGAAAAGUCUAAAGUGUGGAAGCUGUUCUGAUAUGGAAUCGAUAAAUAUUGCCUUGAAACGAAAUUUUGGGGGAAUUCCGGAAGAAUCUAGCGUUGUGCAAGAAAUUUUCAAUGAAAGAUUGAAGACCGUAAUUUCUGCGAGCAAGACUGAAAGUUAUAUUCCAGUUACCCGACUUAUUGAAGAGAAUAUUAAUGAUCUGAAAGCUAGACAUCUUAUGCUUAUUUCGAAUGGUGAUUCUGCUAUUGGCAUUCUAAGACAACAUGUUUUUCAGUCUACAAAGGAAACUAUCACAAUUUUUGGCAGUAAUUUUGAAGAAGAUAUAUCCGAUGAUUACAACUAUAGAAUUUUAAGUCGAAUCAUACUUUGUAUGGAACGUAAUUGCAUCCUCAUUCUUCGUGAUCUUGAAUGUAUAUAUGGAAGUUUAUACGACAUGUUGAAUCAAAAUUAUUCUGUUGUUGGAGGAAGAAAAAACUGUCGAGUUGCCCUUGGUGCCAACAGCAAUCCCAUGUGUUAUGUUAACGAUGGAUUUCGCUGCAUCGUCCUUGUUGAUCACGAUCAAGUCGAUUAUUCCGAUCCUCCGUUCCUGAACAGAUUUGAAAAACAACUUCUUCGUUUUUCUGAUAUGUUAAAUGAAACCCAACAGGAAAUUAGGAAAGAAUUAGAGUCAUGGGUUUACCAAAUGUCGAGUGUGGGAGGUUUCAGAGAUAAGUUCAAGGAAGAGGAUAUGUUCAUUGGUUUUAAUGAAGACACGUUACCAUCAUUAGUUCUUUAUCAUAGUCAUGAUUCUGAAGAGCCAGAGGAAGUCGUCAUAAAGAAGUGCAAAGAUGAUCUUAUGUGGAUUGCAACACCUGACGGAGUUUUACGCACUGUUGAAAGUGAUCGUUAUAAUGAAGAUCCACGAGAAGUAGAGAAGCUUUCAAAUGAAUAUUUUGAAAAACCAAUUCACAACGGACUUGCAUCAUUUUUAUCACAUUUUGUGAAACGACAACAUUUAUUUCAUGAUGUGGAAAGUGAAACUUGUUCAAUUAUCUUUUUGAUGACACAUGCCACAGUGCACACAGAUAUCAGUCAUUGCCUUCACAUGGAAAAUAUAUCGUUUCAAAUUGAGCGACUUGGAGCCUACAAGUCUGGUAAGCAACUCGAAGAUAAGAUACAUAAUUUUUUUACAUCUGAAAAAGAGCUUUUAGUCGUUCAAUGCAAACCAGAACUGGAUGCAGAACACAUGCUUUUCACUCGAUCAAUUAUUGAAGAAAACGAAAUGCCUACUUCAAGUCAUUUAGGAAGCUCAGCACACUUUGCAAAGGAAACACGUCUGCAUGAUUGUCCACGUGCGUCGAGCAUCUCAUGAAAAUACUCCACGAUGGCAGUUAAAUUUCCUUAGUGGAUGGAAGCAAGUUUUCCUUGAUACACUCGAAAUACCAUCAAUUCCAGUAAAUGAAAUAUUUGAUCAAAGUAUUGACGACAUCCUCUCAAACUCAGUUUGGUCAUUUCAAGGAUUUGCCGAAAACUGCAUAGUAUGGUGCUUUAACUGUUUAAAUUAUUUACGUAAUGCUAAGCGGCAAGAACGUGUGCUGGAAAUCGCCAAAAACCUAUUUACAUCAGAUUGUGUCAGUAAGACGUUUCAGGAUCUUGUUUUAAAGGAAUCAACCAACUAUACUGGAAACACAAAUGAGCAAUGGCAAGUUAAAGUUGCUUGUGACGUGGAACUUCUUUGUAAUUCUUCAACACUUUCCUCUGCCAUGGAACAACAUCUAGCAUUAUUUGUACGUCAGCCGUUAGCAAAGCUUGUUUACUUUUUGGAAAAUGAAAACUCCUGGCCACCUCACCUUCUGAAUAAAAAUGUUGCAGAUGAUGAAGAAAUGUGGUGUGAUCUUUUAUCAGAUGAAUCAAUAUUCGACUUCAAGAAAAUCCCUGAAUGCAAAGGAGUGGAUUCGUACUCCAUUGAUGGAAUACGUCAAGAUUUGAUGGUUCCAUUCAGUCAGGUGAUUGCCAAAAGAAUGGAAAAAGCACGUAGCUUCAUCAUGAAAGAAUACGCUGAAGCCAUGGAGAUUGAAAAUAAUUUUGAUGAAAAUGGUGAAUUAAAAAAAUCGGUA